AUGCCGGCCGAUGACGAUAUUGGCAAGCUGCUUGGCAUGCGCCCAGACCUCGCCAACGAUUUGGCGCCUGUGGAUGGCGGCUCGGGCGAUGACAGCAUCACAGGCGGUGCCGACGCGUUGAAGGGAGUGGCUAACGGUGCAGUGGAUGGCGGCAGCAAUGCCAGUGCUGACUCGGAGUGCAUGGCUGGGUGCAAGGUUACGGACCAGAGCUGCAAGGCACGGUGUCUGGGCGUGCCCGGCGUGGCUGGCCGCAAGAUGCCCCGCAAACAGGACAUCAACGGAAACCUGCCCCUCAACUGGCGUGUCGCUGCGGAUCAGUGGUGCCCAGGAUACUCCUAUGCCCAAGGCUGCAUCGUCGGGGAUACCCUGUACUGGGAUCUCCCUGACGGCAAUGGCAGCCAGCAUGGCUCUCAGCAGCAGCAGCAGCAGUUCGGGGAUUUGGCGACCCAGUACAAGUCAAUCGUUGAGCGCACACAAAAGUGCCAGGAAGACUGCAAAACCAAGCUGGACAUCCUGCAACAGGUGUGUGUACGCAAAUGCACUUUGUUUCUAUCCGACCCGGUUGGCCACGACUUGGACACAACACCGGCCUUUGUGCCUCGGCCAACUGUUGAGGUACAUGAGGAGCCGUCAAGCUCACGGGUGCUGGGCAACUACGACGACUUUGUACGGUCAUAUGUUUUGCGACGAAAGCAGCCUGGAUGGGAUCGCAACAUGCAGUAUCAGCCGGUACUGGUGUUCAAGACACUCGGCUUUCUGCCCGUUAUUUUCACCCUCGGCCUGCUGUUUUGGUCGCUGUACGCAUAUACCGGCUUUGUUCUUCCGCGAAUGUACCGAAAUGGACGGUUCCUCUGCAUUCUGUGGGCACUGCUCUGGCUUACGCUCUGGGUGCUGACCACCUGGAGCUACUUUAUCUGCGUGUUCAGGAAUCCAGGUAACCCAGUGGGCGUAGUAAGUCGACAGACGGCGUCGCAUGGCCAGUAUCACCGCAUUCCCAACCGUGCAGCAGCAGCAGCAGCAGCAGCAGCAGGUUUUCAGCCUGGCUCCACCAACCGGCAGGCAUCAUCGACACAGCACCGGCGGUAUGCAGACGACGCACACAGCCUCAGCUCGAGCUCGCGCAGCUCGAGUGACAUGGAGCGCCAGCUGGAGGAGAGCGACCGCGCCAGCGAAUACAGCGACGACAGUAAUGGGCAGCUGACCGAGGAGCAGCUGCAGCGGACAGAGCUUGUGUACGCAAUCACAGUAAAGGACAACGGGCAGCCGCGGUUCUGCCAAAAGUGCAAUGCGCCAAAGCCAGACCGCACGCACCACUGCAGCAUCUGCGGCAUCUGUGUGCUGAAGAUGGACCACCACUGCCCGUGGCUCAACAACUGCGUCGGGUUCCACACACAAAAGGCGUUCCUACUGUUCAUCUGCCACGGCACUCUCUAUGUAUCCAGCGUGUUUGUGACGACAGUGAUAUACUUUUUGCACGAGUUUGUGGAGAUGGACGGCGGCGACGAAGUCAACGUCAACGCCAUUGUGCUAAUGAUUCUGUCGGCUGUGUUCUCGCUGUGUCUGGUCGCCUUUGCCGGCUUCCACAUCUACCUUGUGCUGUCGAAUCUAACCACGAUCGAAAGCUACGAGCGCAACCACUUCAAGGUGCAGCAGCAGCAAGGGCUGCGCCAGGCAAAGUACGUCAAUCUGUUUGAUGUUGGCGCCAAGAAGAACUUUUACCAGGUAUUUGGCUCUACCUGGUACUGGUGGUUCGCUCCUGUCACCACGACCAUGGGCGACGGUGUGCGCUUCCCGAUCAACUACGAGAGCUACAACGAGCUCCACCACGGCGCUUGA